UAGCCGACUGCGCGCGGCGCCACAUCGAUUUUUCCACUAAACAAGCCAUUUUCAACCAUCAGUGACAUUGUAAACACGUUUAGCUCAGCGUCCAACGAUCCAGCAUAAUUGAAUUGAUAAUAUGUGCGACAUGUGAGUGUCUUCCUCGUAAAUAAUGAGACACACUUCGUCAGCUCGCAGUGAUGGCCGCACAAAAUAAAGUUGAAGGAGAGGCAGAAGAGAUGCCGGUGGUGGUGGCCACGGACCCUAGCACCGAGCAGAAGGAGCGCUUGAUAGCUGCCGUCAAAAAGGAGGUCAAGCAGUUGAUGGAAGAGGCUGUCACCCGGAAGUUCGUGCACGAGGAAAGUGGAGGAGUGACCGCGCUUUGCGGGGCUGUCGAGGCUUGUCUCGGUCAGGGGCUGCGGCGCCGCGCCCUCGGCCUCUUCAAGACCAGCUCCACCACAGCGCUGCUUCAUAAGAUUGCUAAGCAUUGUCCUGAGGCGGCGUUGGUGUCAGCGAGAGUGCUGGCGGCGGAAGGCACGCCAGCUACGCGGUCUGCGUCCGGAGUAGAGAGGCGGCCGUCGGCUCCUCGCCCGCCGCUGUGCAAGAGGGGCUCCGGUUCUCUACUGGCGCAGUCUCCACCGCAGUCCAAGGUUACAAGAGUGCUGGCGGCGGAAGGCACGCAGGCUACGUCGUCCGCGUCCGAUGUAGAGAGCCCGCGAUCGGCUCCUCGCCCGCCGCUGUACAAGAGGGGCUCCGGGUCUCUACUGGCGCAGUCUCCACCGCAGUCUAAAGCCACAAGAAUGCUGGCAGUGGAAAGCACGCCGGCUACGCGGUCCGCGUCCGGUGUAGAGAGGCGGCCGUCGGCUCCUCGCCCGCCGCUGAGCAAGAGGGGCUCCGGGUCCCUACUGGCGCAGUCUCUACCGUGGACCAAAUACCUCUGGAUAAGGAUAGCCCUUUUCGAGCGUCAACUCGCCAAGAUCAUAGAGCAUCUGGUCAACAACGCAACGCGGUAUUACGAGAGAGACGCACUGGUUGCUGAUCCUGAUUACGGCAGCAUACUCAGCUCUUUGCUAGUUGGCCCUUGCGCCUUGGAGUACUCCAAGGCAAAGGCACCAGCUUGCUUCUGGACGGAUCCCCCAGCGGAUGAGCUAGUUCAGAGGCACAGAAUGUCUGCUGGUACGACAACGCCGCCGUCAGUUCGACGACCGAUUCUUAAUUUUCGGAGAAGUCUUAACGCUUCGUCUGAUGAUGGCGGAACAGUUCAAACAGGUUCGGGUAAUGCAGCAGCAUCCAGUGCCAAAGAUUACGUUGAAAGCUUACACCAAAACUCUAGAGCGACGCUUUUGUAUGGAAAAAAUAAUGUACGCGUUCAACCAAAAGACGUGGAAGAGCCAAUGCCUGGCUAUCUAAGUCUCCACCAAACAUCUGCUGGGCUGGUCAUAAAAUGGACGCCCAAUCAACUAAUGAAUGGAUACGCUGAAAGUGAAGGCAUUGACAAGAGCGUUUACUGGGCAAUGUCGCUGCAAGUUUGCGUCUGGGAAGUUGUCUACGUGCAUGUACAUCGGUCUCAAGCGAGCGAUGCGCUUAUAUUGGUCGGUCAAGACGGAGUCCAGCGACCUCCCAUACAGUUUCCAAAAGGAGGACAUUUACUUUCGUUUUUGAGCAAUUUGGAAACCGGUUUGCUACCACAUGGACAACUAGAUCCUCCAUUAUGGUCACAAAGGGGAAGUGGAAAGGUAUUCGGUCGAGGCAAAACACGCAGGCGGCCGAUGCCGAGCCUCUGUGAGAGCGGGCAGGCGGAGGAGCCGGAGGACGUCGCUGGAGAUUACGUGUUUCGCAUUGUCAAUAAUGCUAUUGCUGAUAGGGAAGCGAUGCGGCAUUCGCUUCUAGAACGCGUAGUGCACUCUCCUCCACGGACGCCACGACGUCCAUUGGCGUCCACGUCCACAACGUCUUCAGAUUCAUCCACCAUGUCUGUGGACUGUCCUACGUCUGCUGGACUGAAUGGACCACCUCCUGUUGCAUUGCCGGCAUCAAACCCCAUUGUUGAAGAGAGAUAG